GCUGAGAUCGAGCGGUGAGUGCGCGAGUGCGCAUCCAGUUUGUGCGUCAGGUGUCCAAGGCGAGGACUUAGUGACACGGAGUGGCUGCGGAGUGCUGCGGUGUGUCGCGUCGUGCGUGCGUGCGUGCUUAGCUUUGAAUGUGAAAAUCGUAUGAAAUGGUGACACUAAUGCCUUGUAGCUAUAUCUCUGCCCCACGGAUCUCCAUCAUUGAUAAAAUGAUAGAGAUAGAACCAAAGGGUAAACGAUCACGCACCGAAGGACCAACCGACACGACGGAACGCAGUCGGAUCUACAACAACCUGAGCGAACCGGUGUCCGCGCUGGAUGGCCUCGGAGCGAGUCCUUCGCUAGCUCUGGGCACACCGUUUCACUACUCCUCGACUUCAGCGUCAUCGUCUUCGGCGGGUAGCAGCAGCGCUGGCAACACUGCCCUGGUGUCCACCGCACACACACUGUUCAACCACUCGCCCGUCGCCGGUCUGAGCAGCACGGGAAGCUCCUAUCGGGCACUGAGUUCCGGUGGACCGCCAUCGGUCGCUAUCCACAACGGACUCACGGGACUCACGUCCUACGGUCCACCGAGCUCGGUCGCAGGUGGAGGUUGCAGUGUGGCCGGAAGUGCCACCGGCGGAUUACUAGCCAGCCCUGGAUCGUUGGCCAAUCGGUUGAACAGCAGUGGGGGCAGUGGCAGUAGCAGUGGCAGUGUUGCCACGAUCACCUCCGGUUCGUCGGGAGGCGCCUCCGGUUCGUCCGCCGGCAGUCUGGUGGAUGGAUUAACGUCGCUGGCAACCGUCGGUGGCUCGGCCGGGAGCUUAGGGCUGGCGUCGAGCGGGGCCACACUGGGGGGUUCCGGCGAGCUGGGAAUGUCGCACUGGCUGAACGACGGCACGGUCAAGUCGGAACUGCGAAGCCCCGGACUGGACGCGACCCUGGCGGCGGCGGCAACCAGCAGCAACCUACCACUCGGGUCGUCCGCCGCCCACCUGGACGGGUCGGGUCUGUUCUGUGGCAACCCGGGAGCCGCCGCCGCCACCGCCCUGGACGCCCUGCAGAGCGGCGUCGCGUCAUCCGCGACGAACGUUUACGACCACAAGUCGGACUACUACAACUACUACAACAGCAUGCAGCAGUACACGCCGGCGUUCUACUCGUCCGCGUACGGCGCCUCGGCGUACGGGGCACGCACCUCGACCAAAAUCCCCUCGCCAAACACAUAUCUCGCGUCGCCGUACGCGGCGGCGGCCGCCGCCGGCAACAACAACUCCGCACAACUCUACUCCUCGGCGUACGGGUACAACUCGUCGUUCGGGCAGUUCGCGGCCAGCGGCCAGCAGGAUGGUUACAGUUACUACAAUGACCAGUACAGCCCGUACUACGCCAACACGGCCAGCUACUCGCCGUACGUCAGCUCACCCGGGUCCAGCGGCAGCCAGGCGGGCUUCCACGUGGCCGCCGGCCUGUCGGCCGAGAGUCCCUCGGAGGCGCACGCCACCACACCCAACAUGCUGGCCCACUCGCACUCCCCCCAGUCACCGAUCUCCAUCUCACCGACGGCGAUCGGGGCGGGUCCGGGUGGCUCCGUGGGUAGCGUGGGGAACGCGGCCAACAAGACCACACCGACCGGCAAGUCGGGAAGGGCGCGAGGUCGCCGCCACGCACACCCAAGUCCGACGCGCAGCUCCACCAGUGAACCGGGCGUCAGCGAGAAGUCUCCGGAAAGGAUCUUCGUGUGGGACCUCGACGAGACACUCGUCAUCUUCCACUCGCUCCUGACCGGAUCCUACGCCGGGCGCUACAACAAGAACCGCGACCAUCAGGUCCAGCUCGGCUACCGGAUGGAGGAGCUGAUCUUCAACAUGGCCGACGCGUACUUCUUCUUCAACGACCUCGAAGAGUGCGACCAGAUACAUAUCGACGACGUGGCUUCCGAUGACAAUGGGCAGGAUCUCAGCAACUACAACUUUGCUGCCGACGGGUUCCACAACGCCACACCGCAAGGAGCUCCACCUAAUGUUUGCCUUCCUAAUGGUGUGCGCGGUGGUGUCGACUGGAUGCGAAAGCUUGCGUUUCGCUAUCGGAAAAUUAAGGACACGUACAACACGUACCGGAACAAUGUUGGCGGACUGCUAGGGCCCCAGAAGCGUGACCACUGGCUCCAGGUGCGCUCGGACAUCGAGAUGGAGACGGACAACUGGCACAGCCUCACGCUGAAGUGCCUGAACAUGAUCGCGCAACGGGAGAACUGUGUUAACGUGCUGGUGACCACCACCCAGCUGGUGCCGGCGCUGGCCAAGCUGCUGCUGUACGGUCUGGGACAGGUGUUCCCGGUCGAGAACGUGUAUAGUGCAAAUAAAAUCGCUAAAGAGCAGUGCUUCGAGCGGAUCGUGACGAGGUUCGGCCGCAAAAGCACGUACGUGGUCGUCGGCGACGGGCAGGACGAGGAGAGUGCGGCCAAAAACCUCAACUUUCCCUUCUGGCGGAUAUCGGGCCACAGCGACAUCCGGUCGCUGAACACCGCCCUCGAGAUGGGCUUCUUAUGAAGACUUUGCCCUCUUCGGUGGAGCCCACCCCACACCCCGUCGGGUACGCUCCGGGAUGCGUGGAAUGCCAAAAGCAAAACCAAAAGACACCCCACAGGCAGGCCUUCGUGGUUCCGCGGAGCCCCACGCAAGCUGUCCUACCCCCUACUUCCCUGUGGCUCAUGGCAAACCCCUGGUAGGCGGGGCAGACGACGAUAUGCAUCCAGUAUUUAUUAUCGUUUGUAACGGAGUUUGAUAGAUUUUAAAUUAAUUCGUUAAAUAGCCGAGCGCGCAACGGGCAACUCACUACCGGAAGCCGUAUUUGUCAGGAUCAAGCAAAACAAAAUGGAACAAAAAACGAAAUGCUCAAAACCGAAAACCGAUACUCAACAGAAAAAACAAACAAACAAACAAGCAAACAAAGUAGUGAAUAUUUAAGACACACGGAAAAGGCGUCAGGGCGAAGAUAGGUCGUAUCAUCAGAGCAACAGGCAUAAUUCCGAUCAGAUCCCUACUGGCCGGGUGUCUGAGUGCUCGCAGCGAAGAUUCUAGAAGAAGUGCAAGUCCCAGUGCAAAUACCUUUAUUUUUCUCCUCGCAUUAAACAGCAUAAAGCAGCGCGUGAAAAUGCGAAUAGUCACGAGGGCGGCAGGUAAAGGACGUUUGCGAAAAGAAGUCAACGACUAUAUGAAACUAUUAACAAAUGUGAAUGGAUAGAGUAAUUAAAAAGUUCUUUUCUCUAGAUAGAACCGUGUGUUAUUAGUAAAUGCAGGCCACAGAUGUAUCGAGUAACGAAAAAUGCAACAAAUGUACAGAACUUUUCCUUAAGCGCUUUCUGUCGUCGCCAGUAAUCUGUGUCGGACGAGGGACGAAGAAGAUAGCGAAUGUGUCAGGCCAUCGUUCGAUUGUUAUGUAUAACAUUAUGGGCUCACAAAUCACUGUAAAUAUUGUACGAGUUCUCUAUUCUUCCCGUGCUGGCAUAAGAUACUUUAAACCGAGGCAAAAAGCCGAACGCAGAACGCAGUUUCUUGCGUUGCCCUCUUCCUUUCGGGUUCUAACUGUACCGGUAGAUUUGUUGUAACAGUGUGAAAUGGGCAGACAGCUCAGAAGAUGGCACGACACGCGAUGUCGAUUUCUACGCAAAGUGUACAUAUUCGUAAACAUUUAAUCAAAUCAAAAUAGAGCCGUAGGAGCCGUGCAGAAUGUCGGCGAACCCCGGAAAGCACCAUUAUCAGGAGCAUGAAGAUGU